CUCUUGCCCUACCUAAGGCUGUUCGCAUUCACUCUGCUGUAGUCGCACCGAGCGAUCGCACGGGGACUAGCGCCACCCCGACCGAUUUACUUUGUAUUUAACAGCGCGCAACAGAACUUUGGGUGCGGGCUGACGGGCUUUCCUGACACGGAAUUUAGAUUUUAGUGCAACGCGAAAACAUCUUAACACUUUGAACUGCAGAGAAGAGCGUGGAAGCGAUCUUGUAAGGUGCCGAAGAAGAUCCUGAGGGAAGCGGAGUACGCAAAUUUAAGCGAUCGCCACGCGUUUCGUUUGGACACAUCUAUGCGCUUUUGCGCGUCAUCACCGCUCAUUCCGACUCGGUUCUAGUGGCUUUAUAUCUGUUAGAGCAAGACAUUAACAGCAAUAAGGCUGGCAUGGUAUAACCCACGGGCGGAGAGACACUAGUUUGCCCUCACCCGUGUGCGUGGAUCUGAUUCUACAUUCAGAAAGACAUCAUGAGCCCCGUAAAUGCAUUGAGAUUUCAGCUGGAUUUGAGCAGCUACUGAAAGAGCAGAGAAAUACUCCAGACACUUAACGAGGAGAAACUUCUCCAGUGUUUGAGAAUUGAGGUGUGGAUGUGGACUAUGACAGAAUGACCCCUCUAAUGCACCUUUUACUCUGUGGAUUAUUGUACUUUAACCAAGUGGAUGGAUCUCGUCUGCGGCAAGAAGACUCCCCGCCCCGCAUCGUUGAACACCCCUCUGAUCUGAUCGUAUCCAAGGGUGAGCCCGCCACCCUAAACUGCAAGGCGGAAGGGCGGCCCACCCCCACCGUGGAGUGGUACAAGGAUGGAGAACGUGUUGAAACUGACAAAGAUGACCCUCGAUCACACCGCAUGCUCCUACCCACUGGCUCACUCUUCUUCCUGCGUAUUGUACACGGCCGUCGCAGCAAACCAGAUGAGGGGGCGUAUGUUUGUGUGGCACGCAACUACUUGGGAGAAGCAGUCAGUCGCAAUGCCUCACUGGAAGUAGCAUUAUUACGAGAUGAUUUCAGACAGAACCCCACAGACGUGGUGGUGGCCGCUGGAGAACCAGCCAUCUUGGAGUGUGUCCCCCCUCGUGGACACCCAGAACCCACCAUCUACUGGAAGAAAGACAAAGUCAGGAUCGAUGAGAAGGAUGACAGGAUUAAGAUCCGUGGUGGGAAGCUGAUGAUCUCAAACACGAGAAAGAGUGACGCUGGCAUGUAUAUUUGCGUAGGCACCAACAUGGUCGGUGAGAGGGACAGCGAGACAGCCCAGGUCACCGUGUUUGAGAGGCCAACAUUUCUACGGCGGCCCAUUAACCAGGUGGUUCUGGAGGAGGAGGCAGUGGAAUUUCGCUGUCAGGUGCAAGGAGACCCACCGCCUUCCGUUCGCUGGAAAAAAGAUGACAUUGACGUCCCCCGCGGGAGGUAUGAUAUUAAAUAUGACAAGGAUGACUUUUUGCUGAGGAUAAAGAAGGCAGUAGCUGGGGAUGAAGGGACAUUCACCUGCGUGGCCGAGAACCGAGUGGGCAAAAUGGAGGCAUCCGCCACCCUCACGGUUAGAGCUGCACCGCAGUUCGUGAUCAGGCCGCGAGACCAGAUUGUGGCGCAGGGACGCACCGCCACCUUCCCCUGUGAGACCAAAGGGAACCCGCAGCCGGCGGUCUUCUGGCAGAAAGAGGGCAGCCAGAACCUACUGUUUCCAAAUCAACCGCAGCAACCCAACAGUCGAUUCUCUGUGUCGCCCAGCGGAGAUCUCACCAUCACCGCAGUCCAGCGGGCCGACGCAGGGUACUAUAUCUGCCAGGCCCUGACAGUCGCAGGCAGCAUCCUGGCCAAAGCCCAGCUUGAAGUCACAGACGUGUUGACCGAUCGUCCUCCCCCCAUCAUCCGGCAGGGUCCAGCUAACCAAACUCUGGGUGUGGACAGUGUGGCUCUUCUCAGGUGCCAUGCAUCCGGGGAGCCUGUGCCCACCAUCAGCUGGCUAAAAGACAGCGUCAGUCUUCUGGGGAAAGACCCGCGUAUGUCCCUGCAAGACCUGGGCAGCCUGCAGAUCAAAGGCUUACGGCUCACUGAUUCUGGUAUCUACACCUGUGUGGCAGCAAGUUCCAGCGGGGAAACAUCGUGGAGUGCUUUCUUGGAAGUCAAAGAGUCGGGUAGUCUUGUGGUGGAUAAGGUCAGAGAUGAGAAUGAUCUCCCAGGUCCCCCGUCCAAACCUCAAGUUACCGAUGUCACUAAAAACAGUGUGUCAUUGUCCUGGCAACCUGGCCUCCCCGGAGCGUCACCCAUCUCUUCUUAUAUUAUUGAAGCUUUCAGCCAAUCAGUGAGCAACAGCUGGCAGACUGUGGCUGAUCACGUGAAGACCACGCAGUACACCAUUAAGGGCCUCCGACCCAACACCAUCUACCUGUUUAUGGUGCGAGCUGUCAAUGUCCAGGGUUUGAGUGACCCUAGCCCCAUGUCCGAACCCGUACGCACUCAAGAUAUAAGUCCUGCAGCUCAGGGUGUGGAUCACAGACAUGUACAGAAGGAGCUGGGAGAGGUUAUUGUGAGGCUACACAACCCUGUGGUACUCAGUCCCACCACCAUACAGGUCACAUGGACGGUGGACCGUCAGUCUCAGUUCAUCCAGGGCUACAGGGUUUUAUACAGGCAGAUGUCAGGGCUUUCCUCCCCUGGGCCGUGGCAGAGCCAGGAUGUAAAGGUCCCCUCUGAGAGGAGCAUUGUGCUCUCUGCACUGAAGCAAGGCAUUGUCUAUGAGAUCAAAGUCCGUCCCUACUUCAAUGAGUUCCAGGGCAUGGACAGUGAGUCCCGAACAGCCAGAACAACUGAGGAAGCACCGAGUGCCCCUCCUCAGCAGGUGACCGUACUAACAGUGGGCAAUCAGAACAGCACAUCUAUCAGUAUCUCCUGGGACCCUCCUCUAACGGAACAUCAGAAUGGCAUCAUCCAAGAAUAUAAGAUCUGGUGUUUAGGGAAUGAGACCCGUUUCCAUGUAAAUAAGACGGUGGAUGCAGCCAUUCGUUCAGUGGUUGUCGGAGGUCUACAGGCAGGGGUCCUGUAUAGGGUGGAGGUGGCCGCCAGCACCAGUGCAGGAGUUGGGGUGAAGAGUGAACCACAACCCAUUAUUAUAGGUAAGGACUUCCGGGAUGUGAUCGUGAGUGGCAACAGGAAUAACAGCAUAACGGAGCAGAUCACGGAUGUGGUGAAGCAGCCCGCCUUCAUUGCAGGCAUCGGAGGGGCCUGCUGGGUCAUUCUCAUGGGCUUCAGCAUCUGGCUCUACUGGAGGAGGAAGAAGAGGAAGGGUCUGAGCAAUUACGCAGUUCAGUCGUUCACCUUCACUCCUGCAGUGACGUUCCAGCGUGUUGAUGGAGGCUUGAUGAGCAACGGGAGUCGUCCUGGUAUACUCAAUGCCAGCGAUUCAGGGUACCCGUGGCUUGCAGACUCCUGGCCGACCACCAGUCUGCCCGUGAACAGCAGUUCUGGAGGACCCAAUGACCUCAACUUCAGCCAUGGAGAUGUGAUUCCCAGUGCCCAGGCAGAUAAGACGGGCACCAUGCUUUCUGAUGGAGCCAUUUACAGCAGUAUCGAUUUCACCACCAAAGGGGGCUUCGGCAGCCCAAGCCCCGCCUCCCAGGCGACACCCUAUGCCACCACCCAGAUCCUCCAUUCCAACAGCAUUCAUGAACUUGCCGUUGAUCUACCCGAAGCCCAAUGGAAGACCUCCCUGCAGGCCAAACAGGAGAUGGCCAGCCUGGGUUACUCGCUGCCAGACAAGAACUCCUGCAACAACACACUCCUUUUCAUUCCUGACUACCGAUUGGCUGAUGGAUUGUCUAAUAGAAUGCCCCACAACCAAUCACAGGAUUUCAGCACCACCAGCUCCCACAACAGCUCAGAUCGGAGCAACAGUCUGUCAGGUGGGAAAGGCGGUAAGAAAAAGAAGACCAAAGCAAACGCCAAGCCCACCAAGAUGAACGGAUCCAGCUGGGCUAACGUCCCCCUGCCACCACCUCCUGUCCACCCUCUUCCGGGCACAGAGAUGGACCACUACAUAUCAGAACACCAUGAUGGAGGAGGCUAUGAUAGUGAUGGCUGGGGCCCACCAUUGCCUGUGCAGACGUACUUGCACCAGGGUUUAGAAGAUGAGCUGGAGGAAGAAGAGGAACGGGUGCCCACUCCUCCCAUCCGGGGUGUUGCCUCUUCACCUGCAGCUGUGUCAUUUGGCAAACAGUCCACAGCCACACUGAGCCCCUCUCCACGCGAGGAAAUACAGCCUAUGCUCCAGGCCCACCUUGACGAACUAACCCGCGCUUAUCAGCUGGACAUGGCCAAACAGAUUUGGCACAUGCAGAGUGGGCCUUACCCGCCCCAGGCCCCAGCGCCGCCCGUGGGCUACAUCUCCAGCACCCUAGUGUCCGAUAUCGAGACGGACCUCCCUGAUGAAGAUGACGAUGAUGAGGAGGAUGAAGGAUAUGAGAUGUCGCCACCAAUUAGGGGCAUCGAACACACGCCUGGCUCCAGCAUGGACAACUUGGACAGCUCGGUUACGGGCUCCAUGGUGAAUAGCUGGGGUUCUGCUUCAGAGGAAGACGACCGAAACUUCUCCAGCCGAAGGUCUAGUGCUGGCAGCUCCUCUGACGGCUCGCUCUUCACCCAUUGCAGCUUUGCGCAAGCUCUAGUGGCGGCCGCAGACAAGGCUGGCUACCGUCUGGACGGCACCAGCUUAAGCAAAAGAGAUAAAGGUCUUCCUCAAAGACAUCGUCCUGCCAGCCCGUUCUCCACAGAUGGAAGCACGGUGGGCACACACAGCCUGGGUCAUCAGCGGGUGGCAAGGCCCACCCGCAAACACAAAGUCCCUGGCACUGCCCCACACCGCCGGGAUGCCAGCGCUGAUGACUUGCCCCCACCACCAGAGCCUCCACCUUUCCAGACACCACGAGUCCCAGGGGUGAGGAGCGCAAAUAACAUGCCCAACCCCUCUGAUCGGAAGGCCUCCUCGCUGGAGAGGCAGCCCAUGAUGGGCCUGGAGGAGAUGAAGAGCUCAUUGGAUCGGCAGGCAAGAACCUCACUGGAGCAUCACCGGCAAGCACAGGACAGACUGGGGUCCAUAGAGCGAGGAGAGGACAGUAGAAGAGGACAGAAAAAUGGUCCUGUUUCAGAAGAGGCCAUAUUGCCAUACAACAAACCAUCGUUCCCUUCCCCUGGUGGCCACAGCUCAUCUGGGACGGCCUCCUCUAAAGGGUCAACCGGUCCUCGUAAAGGAGAGGGGUCAAGGGGUCAGCACCAGCGCUCCACCAUGGAGCAGUCAGAUGGCAGUUAUAUGGGGACCAGCAUGCAGUACUCUGGAGAGUUAUAGUGAGCCUUUUUGAUGGAAACUGAAGAAUGCCUUUAUCUGCUCUAGAAAUGCCUCACCUGAUUGGUGCAAUGGACUCGUGAAGCUCAAAAGGAAGAAGGAAAAAAAUGAUAAAAAAUAUGAAAACAGCAAUCUGUAAAUGUGUUGUAAAGAUGGACAUGCAACCCACAAGUUCCACAACAUCCCUCACCUUCCUCCUUAAACUAUUCAUUCACGAUAAAAGUAAAAUGUCAGGAAAUGGAAGGCUGUCUAAGUCACCCAACUUUGGUGAACUUGCGAAAAGGGAAUCGAAUUUCCUGUAAAUAUAUUCUUGACGUCGGAGAUUGAAAAUGACAUUAUUGUUAUUGCAUUGCUAUGCAAGCCGAGUUCUGUUUCCGCUCUCCUCCCUCUUACGCUGUUGGUCGUUUGUACGAUAUGUGAAUUGAUGGGCUGUGGUGCCAUAGAAAUUAUGUUGUCAUCCAUCAUUUGUUAAUAUUUCUCAUGAAUUAAUUGUUGUCAUUAUAAUAAUUAUUAUAAUUAAUUAUUUUCGUUUGCACUGCAAUUUUGGUGAUAAGCACAAAACCAUAGCUCCUGCUGACAUGAAGAAUUGGAGGUAAGGAAGGGGAGUUUCUGUACUGUAACUAGAGAUAAGAAAAUAUAUAACUGUGUACAGAGAGAUAUUAAGAUAUGCCUGCAUCUAUGCUGGCGUAAAGACUUAAAGUUCUGAUGAAAUGGAAAUGUAAGUUACGAACUUUCACAGUGGGAUUCCCCUUAGUUUACAGUAGAGGAACUUGACCCACUCCAUUCUGCAAAUGGGCAAAAUAGUCACAGAUGGGUUGAGAAACAGUUUGCAGGGAAAUGUAUCCUUAGUGGUUCUGUUUUGAACAGAUCCUACUGCCCCUUCUAGUUCAUUUUAUUUAUCACAAAUCCAGUCCACUUGGUCCAAUUGGAAUGUUUUAGACCAGAUUUUUUGUGGGAAUAUUUCACCCAAAAAUUACAGUUCUGUGAUCAUUAACUCACCCUCAUGUUGUUUUAUGUUGUUGAGGUUGAGUAAAUGAUGACAGAAUUUUCAUUUUUGGGUGAACUAUCUCUUUAUCUACACUGGACUACAGGUAACAAACUUUGUUUCUCCCCACUCCUGCUUCUCUUUGUUUGUUGCUUGCGUUAGUUUGUUUACAUGUCAGGCUGAUUCUUUUACUAUUAUUAUCAUUUUUAUAUAUAUCAUCUUUCUAUCUGAGCAUAGCAAAAUUAAAGGUGCUGCAAGUGAUUUUGCUGCUUUGCUAACUUCUGCCAUUUUGCUUGAAUGUCAUCUCUUCUUUCCAAAUCCCUGUCCCCCAAAGGCAUGUUAGUCGACCCUAUCGUCAGUAAUCCAGAAUGGACAGUGUGAUUCAUAGCCAGAAAGCGUUUCUGCUUUGUAAGAUUUCUGAUUGGCUAAAAAAUUGUGGGCCACACCCCCUGACCCUUUUUUGCUGUUUACAAGGUCUAGGGCUGUCACAGACACUGGUGUGAUCUCCCUAGGAUAUUUUAUGUGUGGUAUUCCAAACAGGAAAUUCCUUACAGCACCUUUAAUAGACACCAACAUGGCUAAUGUUUGGAGGAUAAAGUAGGUUUCUCAUUGGCUUUUUUUUUUUUUUUUUUUAAUCUUUUUAGAAUUAUUUUUUAGUAUUGGUCUCUACUCGAAAUUACAAUACAAGCACUUGAAACGUGAGCAAUUUAAAAGCCAUAUGAACAAGACUACAACGCCCCUGCCUUCCUGUAAGGUUUCCACCUUACUCUAGAGGUUUUGUAGACAUUAAUUCCUGUGCUUGUCGCGAGAAUCUGCAUUUCAGAUUACAAGUGGAGAGUCAAGUACUAAAUUUUGUUUUAGCACUUAAUAUAUUUAGUUUUUUUAUAUUUCUGACAAUGUCCAAAAGCCUUGUUUUCCUUUUCAAGUUCUACUUUGCCUAUAUAGAGCACUGAAUCACUCGGAUCUAUAAACAAUUGGUCAGAUUUGAUUCCACACACUUCAGUAUUUUGAUUCCGAUUAGUCCUGUUUUCACAAAGAGAAGUCUCAAAAUUACUAUAUCAAGCAAAAGCCAAUUACAUUACGCCUUGUGCUCAAUGUCGCGUUUGACUUUGACAGAUUUGUUGUCUCAAAUGAUCGCUAAAGCUAUUUCUGGUUUUUCCACAUCCUCAGUGUGCUGUAAAAUGUUGAUCAGAUCCAUACUGGGUGAAGUGUUUGUGUGAAGGAGCAAACCUCCAGUUUCCACUGGCUUUGGCCCUUCGCUACACUUCAACCAACAAAAAUAAAAAGUCCGUAUUUUUGUUGUUCUUUUAGUAAAAAUAUCGAAAUCUCCUUAACAAGAUUCAUUCACAUCAGAAGCAAAAUUAUGCUUAAAACAAAUUGCCAAUGGGGUAAUAAAAAUAAGCUUGGAAAACAAGUCUUAUCACAAAUAGCUUCUCAUGUAAAUUGAACUUUUUUUUAGGAUUUUUAAAUGUUUUAUUUUUCCUGGAAAAUGAGACAAAAUUACUGAUUAAGAAAAUAAUUUUUGCAGUGCACAGACUACAUACACAUCAAGUCACCAUUUACGACCACGGUUAUGUUAUUUCAAACAAUGCAAUUAUUUCUUUUGACGUCCAUUUUGGUUCUUUUUGCUUGGUGAAAUUUUACAAAUAUAAAUAUAUCCUGAAAACAAAAUAUACAAAAGGCUGCUCAUAAAAGGAUAUUUUUUACUAUGGAAUCUUCAGGAGUUACUGGUGAAAUGACUGUUUUAUUUCGUUCUUUUCGGUCUUCGUUUUUCUAUAACGUCACUGGGGACAGCUCAGACAUGUCCGGGCGUGCUGUCAUUCUGACAUGUUCACGUAUUUUUUCCUCCUGCAAUUGACAUCGUUUCAAUGCUAGUGUCCAGCUGUUUUGGAAUAAUGAGGUGCGAACGAGUAUCUCAGGUGAUUUUACAUCUAUAUCGGUGGUGUUAAUGUGGGUGUAUAUAAAUGUAUAUAUUCAUAUGCAUCCUCACGUAAAGAGAGUUCAUUCCAUGUUCGCCAUUGAGACGUUUUUCCACCCCUUGUACAUGAUACAUUGCUAUGCUCUCUUCCUUUUUGGCCCUGUCAACAGUGGAUUUCCAUUUCUUCUCUCUUCCAUCUGAAAAUGUGCCGGUACACUAAAUGUCCAUAAGACAAAGAUGUCACUUACAGAACAUACCAAAAUUAAUAUUGAUAUUUCUAAUGUCUAAUGCAUUUUAGUGUCUUUUUUAAUACUUGUUUCUUUGAACAUCACAGUGUUGUUGUUUUUUUGUAUUUAUUAAGAUAAUAAAGGUAUAUUGUGAAAAAUGCAAAAAGCUUUGUGGAAUAUAAAAUGUGCUUUCCUUCUUUUACACAUGCAGCAACUUAAAGAUGAAGUGUGUAAUGUCUGCGCCACUAGCUUCUUGCAUUCAGAGUUUUCUGUGGCACUGUAGAUUUAGUAAUUUCACUUACAUGCAAAACAUUUUUUAUUGUUUUGUGAACAUUCUCCAGUCUGCCAUUAGUCAACAAAUAGAUAGUCCCAACCCAAACUCGUGCCAUUGGUUAAGCCAAUGUCACUGUCGGGCUGGUCAAAGUGCUGCUCAAACAAUGCACCAUUGUUUACAUUUUCGGGGAAAUCAUCAUAUGAAUGGCUUACUUAUAGUUGUCUUUGCAUAUUUAGCUGGGAAAGGAGAAAGUGUUUUAAAAAUCACACACUUCAGCUUUAACACUGAAUCUUUGUUUUCAUGGGCUGAAUUGGCUAGAUUUGUGAUAUGUGAAGAAUGAUAAAUGUAGAAAUUAUGACAAAAGUAAUCAGUCCUGUACAGACUUUUCUCUAUAUAUCUAGAUAGCUUAAACAUUUUUUGCCAGAAAUAUAGAUUAAAGCUAUGAAAACUGAAGGGUUUAAUGGUAAUUAAAGAAUUCCUAGUCUUUAUACGACAUCAUUUCUUAAUGAAAAUGAUCUUUGUUCUUGGGUAUGUCUCUGUCCAAAGGGAAAGUGAUGUGGAUAUAAAGAGAAAAUUGAGUUUGGGGCAUGGGAAUUGUAAGCAACGUAACGUUCUGGUUCUGAUUCAAAUUCGGUUCCAAUAUUUUUGUCAAAAUGAAACCGUUUCUCAAUUCAUAAUCCUAUUUAAGAGGUUUAAUAUAAUAAAAUGAGAGAUACCUUUUGUUUAUGGUAAAAUCACUAAUAUAAUCAUCUUUUAAUUUUUUUUUACAGCCUAUCUUGAUAUAUACAGAGCAUGCUAAACAUUACCCAGGCUUUGUGUUCAAAGUAAAAUAAUUGUGUUUGUGUUUAUGGCUUGUAUUUGUCUGCACUCUGACCCUCUAAGUAAACCACACACACACAAACACUCUGCUGCCUCCUGUAUGCCCGCAAGGCUGAAAAAUAAUGAAAAACCCUUUUAUUUCGCCAGUAAAGCAACUUUUCCGCUCUCCCCCCAAUUUCAUGCUUUUUCCUUCUCAUUUUUCACCUGCUUCGCCUAAAUGUAUUUUCCCCCUUUUUUUCUCUCUCAUUUUAGUUUAUUUGGGAAAUGAUUGCCCUCUAGAGCUGCAACAUAAAGAAAUCAAAGAUUGCACACCAUUCAGGACACAUUUUAAAUUCCAAUUUAAAUUUCUGAAUUAAAAACUGAAUUAAGUUUGAAUUUAGGCAGCAAACAGUCUGAACAGAAAACUGUUCAUGUUAGUAUCUACCUUGGCUGCAUUAAACCAAGUGACAGAUGAAUUUACUGCAAAAUACCAUAGAGUUUGAUUGGACACACAACCU